AUGACUAUUGAAUCAGCUAAUUCAUUUGUUGUUCCAUCAGAUACUAAACAAAUUGAUAUUACUCCAUUAGGUUCAACAAAAUUAUUCCAACCAAUUAAAGUUGGUAAUAAUGUUUUACCUCAACGUAUUGCUUAUGUCCCUACCACGAGAUUUAGAGCCACUAAGGAACAUAUCCCAAGUGAUUUACAAUUACAGUAUUAUAAUGCUCGUUCUCAAUACCCAGGGACAUUAAUUAUUACUGAAGCAACUUUUACAUCGGAACAAGGUGGUAUUGAUUUACAUGUUCCAGGAAUCUACAAUGAUGCCCAAGCUAAAAGUUGGAAAAAAAUCAAUGAAGCAAUUCAUGCCAACAAAAGUUUUAGUUCAGUUCAAUUAUGGUAUUUAGGAAGAGUUGCUAAUGCUAAAGAUUUGAAAGAUGCUGGAUUACCUCUUAUUGCACCUUCAACAGUUUAUUGGAAUGAAGAAAGUGAAAAAUUGGCUAAAGAAGCUGGUAAUGAAUUAAGAGCAUUAACUGAAGAAGAAAUUGAUCAUAUUGUUGAAGUUGAAUAUCCUAAUGCUGCUAAACAUGCCCUUGAAGCUGGAUUUGAUUAUAUUGAAAUCCAUGGUGCUCAUGGUUAUUUAUUAGAUCAAUUUUUAAACCCUGCUUCUAACAAGAGAACCGAUAAAUAUGGUGGUAGUAUUGAAAAUCGUGCUCGAUUAUUAUUAAGAGUGGUUGAUAAAUUGAUUGAUAUAGUUGGUGGUAAUAGAUUGGCUUUACGUUUAUCACCAUGGGCUACUUUCCAAGGUAUGGAAAUUGAAGGGGAAGAAAUCCAUUCAUAUAUUUUACAACAAUUACAACAACGUGCUGAUAAAGGUCAACAAUUAGCUUAUAUUUCUAUUGUUGAACCUCGUGUCACUGGUAUUUAUGAUGUUUCUUUAAAAGAUCAACAAGGUCGUAGUAAUGAAUUUGCCUAUAAAAUUUGGAAAGGUAAUUUCAUUCGUGCUGGUAAUUAUACUUAUGAUGCUCCAGAAUUUAAGACUUUGAUUAAUGACUUAGAUAAUGAUCGUACUAUUAUUGGAUUUUCAAGAUUUUUCACCUCAAAUCCUGAUUUAGUAGAAAAAUUGAAAUUAGGUAAAUCAUUGAAUUAUUAUAAUCGUGAAGAAUUUUACAAGUAUUAUAAUUAUGGUUAUAAUUCUUAUGAUGAAUCGGAAAAGGAAGUUCUUGGUAAACCAUUGGUAUAG